AUGCUCCUGCCACGUUGCAACCUCUGCGCAACCACUGAAACCCAAAGCCCCAGUCUACGACGAUGCACUGGCUGCAGGAUCGUCCGAUACUGCAGUACCGAACACCAGACAGCCGACUGGCCAUCGCACAAGUCGACAUGUAAUGAAAUCAAGAAGAGUCGCAAGAGGAUGGAGGUCGAGGAGGAAAAGUUGCGGAACACGCAAGGAGAUGGUCUCUUCACCCCUGAAAACCCGUUUGAAACCGCUGUCGGUCAUUUUUGGGGCAUUUGGGAUACCAGACCCUACAUGCGAGCGAGGAUUGACUUUGUCCUCAAGUACCUCAAAGUACCCACACUGGACUCUGUCCAGAGCGGACUCGACGACCUUCUCGACAUGCUCCGUCUCUGUCGAGGCGAUAACUUGGGUGUCCGGGAUAUCGUUCCGGGGCUUUACAUCCGCCUCCAACGCGACCAGACCUGCUACGACUUCUUGAAGUGGUAUGCCACUGAGGGUGAGCGCGGCGACUACGACUGGGGCGAUAUGUCCCUCCCGUAUCUGAAUCUCAAGGACGAGGAUGUGAUGGAGGACCCUGUGGGGCUGUUCAAACCUCAGUGGCAUGCCUCUCAUGUCGUUCCGGUGCUCUUGAUCAAACUCAGGAUGCUCCUCGACCUCAAAGACCUCGUCGCAUCCAAGGUCCUUGAGAGCCUCACCCUCCCCUCCGAGAAAGGGCCGGAGCCAAAACUCAACUUCGACGUCCUUCAAGAGAUUCGCCGCGAGAUCGCGACGAGGAGUGGGGUGUGGUCGAGCCGACCUCAACUGCUCGAACCCAAAGAUCUGGAGAAGAGGGUGGAGACGCUCGAGAAACAGGUGCAGUGGCUGUUCACGGAGAUUCAUGGGGCGAAUAAGUUCCUUUGGAAAGGGAUGUUGGACUAUGAGGAGUGGUUGAAGAUUACGCCUGGACCUUAUUCGCACGGGACGAAGUCGGAGGCGUUGCUUCUGGUUCAUAACAACGUAUGGUCGUGGAUCGAGACGGAAGGGGCUAUGGAGUGGUUGAAGCAACAGGUCGCGCAGCUCAGGUGA